GCGGCGCGGCGGUAUGGGCGGUGGCGGCAGCGGAGAGUGAGGGGGCCGCGGCGAUGUGGCUGAAGCCUGAGGAGGUGCUGCUGAAAAAUGCCCUCAAGCUGUGGGUGCAGGAGCGCUCCAACCAGUACUUCGUGCUGCAGAGGCGGCGGGGCUACGGCGAGGAGGGCGGAGGCGGGCUGGCAGGUCUUCUUGUGGGAACAUUAGAUGCGGUGUUGGAUUCUACGUCGAAAGUUGCCCCAUUUCGCAUCCUGCAUCAGACACCAGACUCCCAAGUCUACUGGUCCAUUGCAUGUGGAUCCAGCAGAGAAGAAAUAACAGAACACUGGGACUGGUUAGAACACAAUGUUAUGACAACUUUAUCAGUAUUUGAUUCAAAUGAAGAUAUCACAAGCUUUGUCCAGGGAAAGAUAAGAGGUUUGAUUGCUGAGGAGGGAAAAGGUUCUUUUGUAAAAGAAGAUGAUCCUGAGAAGUUUCGUGAAGGUCUUAUGAAGUUUGAAAAAUGUUUUGGAUUGCCUGAGCAGGAGAAGUUGGUUACCUAUUACUCAUGCAGUUACUGGAAGGGCAGAGUGCCUUGUCAGGGAUGGCUUUAUCUUAGUACCAAUUUCCUUAGCUUUUACUCAUUUCUGCUGGGAGCAGAAGUAAAACUUAUUAUCUCCUGGGAUGAAAUAUCAAAACUUGAGAAGACUUCCAAUGUGAUUCUGACAGAGAGCAUUCAUGUGUGCUCCCGUGGGGAGGAUCACUAUUUUUCCAUGUUUCUGCACAUCAGUGAGACGUUCCUUCUCAUGGAGCAGCUGGCACACUAUGCUGUUAGGAGACUUUUUGACAAGGAGACGUUUGAAAAUGACCCUGUCCUUCAUGACCCCCUGCAGAUCACCAAGAGAGGCCUAGAGAACCGUGCCCACAGUGAGCAAUUUAGUGCAUUCUUCAGGCUACCCAAAGAAGAGACAUUGAAAGAAGUUCAUGAGUGCUUCUUAUGGGUUCCUUUCAGUCAUUACAACACCCAUGGGAAAAUGUGCAUUUCAGAAAACUACAUCUGCUUUGCUAGCCAAGAUGGCAGCCUGUGCAGUGUAAUCAUUCCAUUAAGAGAGGUCACAGGGGUGGAUAAGGCAGAUCCUGCCAACAGAGGAGUCAGCAUAAGUACCAAAGGGAAAACAGCUUUUCGUUUCACAGAAGUUAGAGAUUUUGAACAGCUGGUGGCCAAGCUCAGAGUGAAAUGCAAUGCAACUGCAAGUCCACAACACAUCAUAAAUCCAGAGGUUACAGCUAGUUCUGCCUCUGACAGCCCAAAGGAUUCGGAUGGACUAUCAUCAAAGAUGGCUCAGAGAGAUAACAGCAAAACUGUUGGUACAGAAGCCCUGAUGACUGUCUACCAUCCUCAGGAUGCUGAGAAUCUAGACUCUAAAAUGUUGAAAGAAAAAAUGAAGGAACAGUCUUGGAACAUCCUCUUUGCAGAACGGGGCCAUGGUGUCAGUAUGUUUCGAACAAAGAAGACUCGAGACCUGGUUGUAAGAGGGAUCCCAGAGGCAUUAAGAGGAGAGCUCUGGCUACUCUUCUCAGGUGCUGUAAAUGACAUGGCAUCCAACCCUGGUUAUUACACUGAGCUGGUGGAAAAGUCCUUAGGAACCUGCACUUUAGCUACUGACGAAAUUGAACGAGAUCUACGUCGCUCCUUACCUGAGCAUCCUGCUUUUCAAAGUGACACAGGAAUUUCUGCACUCAGGAGAGUUCUUACAGCUUAUGCAUACAGGAAUCCUCAGAUUGGAUAUUGUCAGGCAAUGAAUAUUUUGACAUCAGUUCUUCUGCUGUAUGCCAAAGAGGAGGAAGCAUUCUGGCUUCUGGUUGCAGUGUGUGAAAGGAUGUUACCUGAUUAUUAUAAUCGUCGGAUCAUUGGUGCCUUGGUAGAUCAGGCAGUGUUUGAGGAGCUCAUCAGGGUUCAUCUGCCUCAGUUGACAGACCACAUGAUGGACAUGACUUUUUUCUCCUCAGUCUCUCUCUCCUGGUUCCUUACCCUUUUUAUCAGCGUGCUGCCUAUUGAAAGUGCAGUCAAUGUGGUGGACUGCUUCUUCUAUGAUGGAAUAAAGGCAAUUUUGCAGCUGGGUCUUGCAGUGCUGGAAUACAACAUGGAGAAGUUGCUGACUUGCAAGGAUGAUGCAGAAGCAGUCACUAUUCUUAACAGAUUUUUUGACAGUGUCACUAACAAAGACAGUCCUUUGCCUCCAGCUGUGCAGCAGGGCUCCAGCCUUGGUGAUACGAAGAGUGACCAUCCAAAAGUGGACAUUACUGAUUUGAUCCGAGAGUCAAAUGAAAGAUAUGGUGAUAUUCGCUAUGAGGAUGUUGAGAGCAUGCGCUGCAGGAACAGGCUUUAUGUGAUCCAGACAUUAGAAGCUACAACCAAACAGAAUGUGCUGCGUGUUGUGUCCCAGGAUGUAAAAUUCAGCCCCAGUGAUCUUGAAGAGCUUUACGAGUUGUUUAAGAAGGAGCACUUUCUUUCCUGUUACUGGAAUGUCAACAGUCCUGCCUUGCAGCAUCAUGAUGCCAGCCUGCCCUAUCUUGAGCAGUAUCGGAUUGACUGCCAGCAGUUCAGGCUCCUCUGCCACCUCCUGAGCCCCUGGUCACACUGUGCCAACAGAGACUCCCUUGCGCUGUGGACAUUCAGACUGAUGGAUGAGAGCUCCCACUGCCUUAUAAACUUCAAGCAAUUUGCCUGUGUCCUUGAUACCAUGUAUAAUGGAAGCUUCACUGACAAACUCAAGCUUCUUUUCAAGUUGCACAUUCCUCCAGCAUUUACUGAAGUAGAAUCUCUGAGCCCCUCUAAAGGUGAUGAUCUUUCAAAAGAAGAGCUGAUACACUUCAGUCAACUCACUGCUUCAUCUGUCGGGGAUAGUCUUGAAAGUGACUCUUUAAAGGCCAGCCCAGAAAGAGGGAAGGGGAAGGUUGAUAUCCAGGCGUAUCUGAAGCAAUGGCAAGAUGAACUUACUAAAAAAGAAGAAAGCAUUAAGGAUUUGCCAAGAAUGAAUCAGUCUCAGUUCAUCCAGUUCUCAAAAACGCUGUACAACCUGUUCCACGGGGAUCCUGAGGAGGAGCUGUUGUACCGGGCUAUAGCAGUGGUUACCAGCCUCCUGCUGAAAAUGGAAGAAGUCGGGAGAAAGCUGCAGAGUCCCACAUCACCAGUGGAAAGCCCAGCUGCCGCUACGGAGGCACCUGCUGAAGUGCCCGGGAAGGAGAAGACUGAAAGCAGCUCCGAGCAGACUGACAGCAGUAGAGCACAGAGCUUGAGUGGGAGCCACGAAUGGUCUUUUGCCUUUGAACAGAUUCUGGCAUCCUUAUUAAACGAGCCAGCCUUUGUGAGAUUUUUUGAGAAGCCUCACAGCAUAAAACUUAAAAUAGAGAGUGCUAAAAAUUUACAGCUUAAAGCAAGAACCAGAGUGUAACUUGCUUUACCUUUGGCUUUGGAUUAACUACAUAAAGCACUUAGAAAUGGAGGUUGCCAACAUGGAAGCUGAGUCUGGUGUUUACAUAGGGAGCAGAGUUUGAAGAGUUAGCUUUAAAUAUCAGGUUACUGGUAUGUAAUGUAAAUAAAAAUAGCUUGAAGCACAAUCACUUUCUUGCAUUGUACAUAAGGUUCACCUUGAAAAAAAGGACUGAACAAUGAAGUGUCAUUUUCAUGUUAUUAAAAUAUGCAUCAUUGCUUGGAUAUACUGAAUGUGACUGUUGCAAACCUAUCUGAAUGACAGUUGCUAGAGAGGAAAGUUGUCCAACUGUCAGUUCCUCUGGUCAUGGACGCUUGCAGAUUCCAGCCUGUGGUCAGCAGUUUGCAGACUGCAUCCUCCCAACCCACGCCUCAGUUUUUGCAGCAAACAAGUGGUUUCCUGCUCUUCUAGCUCAGCCUGCAUACACAUUCUCUUUCCCAUCUUCAUAGCCAUCCUCCUGCAAUGAAGGUGCAAAGGAUGGAGCUUGUUUGGUCAUCCAGGCUGCACACAGGUUAAAAAUCUAGUAUAGAUUGUUGAAAUCAAGUUUUGCUUGUGUUGGGAAAGCCCAAGUCCAAAACAUCUUUAGCUGCUUCACGAUUAACUGCAUGCUGACUGCUGAACUGCUAGGGACCUAUUGCAGGUGCUCCUUUGUCUACCCUGGGUCCAUAUCUCAACCUAGCAAUUAUUUUUUCUUUUCAAUAACUCUUUAGAUUAUUGCUGCUGUAAUAUUUCUCUAUCUGCCAGAAUUCGUGGAAACAAGAAAAUCCUCUGGAAUCUGGCUUGAAUUUUCUAAUGUAUGCAAAACAAUAUAGUAAAGAUCCUGUGAAGGCUCUGCCAGUAUUAGUGCUGUUAAAUGUUGACCCUGAACCUUCAGUGGCUAAAGCUAGAACGGAUUUAGAGAAAGAGCUUGUAUUUUAGCAAUAGCAACCUAAACUGGGGCUUUCUGCUAAACUAGUUAAAAAUAGCUAUUUCUAAAGCCUAUAUGGCAGUCUUUCUCUGCAGAACAGUGUUAUUUUUGUACUGUGCAUGUUUUUGUAAAGAAGCAGAAAGGAUGUGGUAUCCUCACUGAGGUUUUUCUUGCAAUACUAAUAUGAGUGAAGAAUAAAAUGAAAUUCUACCUUGUGGUAUA